UACAACUUUUCCUCAGGAAAGCGAGGAGACAACACACAGCCGUGGCGGCUUGCACUUUACAUUCCUCUUCUCAGCUUUGGAAACAAUGUUAACAAAGUGUGAAAACAUCCGAGAUGCUGUGAAAUCACUUUUUGUUGGAUACUGGGUUAUACUAAACGUAUGUGUCCACGGCCAAGAGGGUAAUGGCUGCGGACAUACACUGCUGGGAACAGAAUCAGGCACCCUGGCCUCUCAGAACUACCCAGGCACUUACCCUAGCAACACUUGGUGCAAGUGGAAGCUCCGUGUGCCAGAAGGGCGUAAACUGCGACUCCUCUUUGGGGAUUUUGACAUUGAGAGUAGUAGAGGCUGCAGCAAUGGUUCUCUCAUCGUCACAGAUAAAAGCGGAACACUCCACCUGGGUCCCGUGUGUGGGUGGCUUAAUGUGUCACAAAAGAAUAUGACACUUCCAAGCAAUGAAGUGACAAUAACCUUCAAGACGAGGUCACAUCGGUCCGGAAGAGGGUUCCUACUCUCCUAUGCCACAGACCAGCAUCCAGAUAUCAUCUCUUGUUUACAACGAGGGUCUCAUUUUCGUUCGCCACAGUUGAGUGUUUACUGUCCAGCCGGAUGUAAGAACGUGGCGGGUGACAUUUGGGGAGGUCCUGAUCAUGGCUAUAGAGAUACGUCCGUCCUGUGUAAAUCUGCUGUGCACGCCGGAGCUACAUCUGAUAGUCUUGGAGGUCAUGUGACUGUGACCCGUGAGAGGAGCCUCACGCUCUACGAGUCCACCUUUUCUAAUGGGAUCCUCUCGAAAAUGGGCUCGCUAUCAGAGAAGAAGCUGAUGUUCACACAAGAAUGUAAAAACAUCCUGGCGGUGUACGCUUUAAACGCCUCAUCUUUUGGGGAGAAAGACAGCCAAGAGCACAAAAUGUCCUGGUCUGUUAGGAACAUGGAUUCCGGACAAGAGGUGCUAUACUGGAGUGCUGGAGUGGGUGACGCGCACCCCUGGGUGGAGCUGGGGCUCACUGAUAAAAGCACUAUCACAGGAGUAAUCACAACUGGCUCCGGUGAGAACCGCAUCGAAUCCUACAUCCUCCAUUACAGCAAAGACAAACAGAACUGGAAGGUUUAUAAAGAUGUUGUCAGCAAAGAUGAAAUGGUGUUUCAGGCCUAUGCAGACGGCCACCUCAGGGUACUCAACAGCCUAUUUCCUACCACCACGGCUCGCUUUAUUCGGCUGAAGCCACACAGCUGGCACGGCCGCGCUUCGGCUCAGAUCCAGAUCCUGGGUUGCCCUGUCAAGGUUACGUCAAGGUCUCGCUCACCUGAAAAAUCACCGUUUGACAAAAACAAGGUGGUGACUCCAAACACGGCUCCAACUCCAUCACAAGGACCAGUUUUGGUGGAGACAAGACAGAGAUCCAGUCAAGCAGUCAUCAUCGCAGUGGGGGUGGUCCUGGGACUGAUCAUGUGCUUCAGUUGUUUAUUGGCUGGAGUCUGGUGGAAAAGAAGGAAAAUGUCCUCUCAAAUGAAGCACUGUGUGCAAGCAAGUUGCCAGAGUUUUCAGGUUAAGAGUCUCCCCUGCUCCCCAUCAGAGCUCAUCUCGUACCCACUGGAGAGAAAUAUCCAUGACGACCUACCAAUCCCUCCCGUCAAUGACUACGCCCAACCAGUAAAGGUGGGCUCUACGUUUCGCCCCCCGUCAGACGAGGGCUACACCGUCCCCUUCGCAUUCAACCAUUACGACUCUCCCGUCAACCUCCCAGAGUACGCAGAACCCCUUCCACCGGAGCCGGAAUACGCCACCCCAUUCAGCGAACAGGAGUGUACGGGGGUCGCACGCGGACCCCCCAUGUUGGCGUCUACCACCAGCAAGGGGAUGUACGACUGCCCCUCCCACAGGAUUCUUGACAACGGCUACUGCACCCCUGCCUUUCAUGUGGAUGCGCCACGACCCGCUAGCGUCGGCAUAUACGCCGAGCCCAAGUCAUGUGACUCGUUACUGCCAAGGCAUACUUAUCAGGAGCCUUUGUGAUGGAAGGCACAGCUCAUGUGAACUAACAUGGCGGGCCGAACGUUCCGUGAAUGAAGUACUCCAAAGUCACAACCAUCAUGUGGACUGCUGAAAGAAAGAAAUGAACAUUUUUUAAGACAAUAUGGCUUCUUUUUUUUUAUUUUUUUUAUUGGUUCAAUGUUUCACAAGUUGCACUUUCACAUGAAUGGAAAACAGCAAAUAACAUGUUGUCAUAACAACAUAUACUGGAUAUUAUUUACAAUUGAAAAGGUUGUCUCACUGUGACACUGUCCCUCCACAUUAACAGUGUCGUGGUGCUGCAAUGACUAAAAUCUACCACCAGGUGGCUCUAAUGAGUUGUAAGCUUUUGCAAACGGAAAGAAACGUUGCUGGACACCAACAAACAGCAAGAGUAAUUAUAAUAGUAUAUAUUAUAUUCAUGAUAUAAAAUGUUAUCACACGUAAAAGGCACAAUGGUUAUGUUGUUGCUAUGAUUAGGACACAGGAGACCUCAGGCCUGUGUAAAAUUCAGAAUUUAAUCCAAUUGAAUGGAUGAAUUUUAAUUUGAAGUGAAUUGAAUUACAGGAAGUGGUAUAUAUAAAAUGAAAUAUUGCUGUAUGCUGUAUUUUUUUUUUAAAUCAUACAUGUCAUACCAGUGUACAAAUGUGUUAACCACUUAAUAUUAAAACAUAAAAACAAUAGCCAAUUUUAAUGUUUAAGUCAUUUUUAGCAUUUUUAACAAAGGCACCACAUCAUUUUCUGACAUUAAUCGCCAUGUAAGCGGAAAAAUAAGUGAAGACCUUGAAUACAACUGACGUCGUUAGUUUACAUACAGUAUUUCAUUGUCAUACAAGUGUAAAAAGAAGUUAACCACUAUUAAGAAUACCAUGUAUUUGGAUACCUUUCUUCUGAAAUUUUUAUAAAAGGCAGAACUUGCAGUUGUACCUUGCACCAAGGGAUUAUGGGAGAUGAAGUUCUGUUCUUGCCUCCUAUCCAAAACCUUGAAUGUUUUAUUUGAGUAGGUUUUAAAUGUUCAUUUGUUAUUUUCCCCCUCAAAAAAACAACUAAAAUUUAGUAUAAUAAAUUAUUGUGCCUAGUUCAUAUAUCAUGUUUUAAAUAUACUGUAAUUUUUUUCUUGAAAUUUCAAUUAAAAUUACAAGAAUUCUGCUUCCUGUUUUUAACCGCAAUCCAAAUUGGAAUUUAGAGUUCAUUCUCAAUUCAGUUCUGAAUUUUGUACAGCACUGGCUCCACCCAAACAAAUAGAAAAACUGAUUUCCAUAUAUUCAUAUCACAUAUAAACAUAAAUAAGUGGAGGUCCUUCCCCCCAUAAGUUAAUUUUACUAAACAUAAUUCAAAAAAAUUACAGUAACACACAUAAUAGUAUUAAUAAUAGUAUUAAAAGUUGUCCAUGUUCCUAAUUAGAGCUGCUUUACUAAGCAUUGAGAGCAUCUUUUAUUUACAUUUUUCUGUGCAAUGUUUAUGUCUGGCCAUCAAUAAAAGGGAUCCAAAAUGUCCACAUUUAAGGCACAAUAAAGUUUCUUUUUGUAAUGUGAUUGUUCCUAAACCCGAUCAAUACCUCC